AUGUUUAUAAACGAAGUCUGUGGUCUCAUUGGUUCCUACGGCGGUCGGGAUGUCCUGAUGGAGGCGUUGUGCCAAGGUGCCAAGUUGGCGGCGGGAUACCAGGCCAAGCGUAACCCAGACCUGUCCCAACGAUGUGCCACCGUCAGCUCGAAGAUCUCGGGAGCCCAGGCCACUCUGCGUCUGAUCGAGGAUCUUCCCGUGAUUCAGUACACCCUGGAUUACGGAUUGGGCGAGUGUGAGCCGGAUCGCAUCACGGCCGUACUGGGCGUGAUGUCCAACGCGGUGGAUCUGCUCUUCUACCCCAUCGAGACCAUCUGCUGGCUGGCCGAGAACAGGGUUUUAGAUGUGAGAAAUAGGACAGCUUGGAGCUAUGCCAACUCCAUUUUCUGUGUGCUCUCCGUGUACCUGAACCUCGUGAGGACAUUGAGGACUUUUUCGCUGAAGCGGAACCAGCUAAGCCGGCAGGACGCGGUCUCCCUUGCGCGCAUCUCCCUUGAUCUCGUCCACGCUGUCGGCAUUCUGCCCAGAGGUUACUUGUGGGGUGGGAAGAUGUCAACCCUCCAAAUCGGAGCCAUUGGAACCCUCUCUGCGGCCCUGGGAAUCUACCAGGUCUUGGCCAGAAAAAGACUGACCAAGUAAAAGUCUAUAUCGCUCGAACUUGUCGAACGAAAUUUUAAGAUAGUCGUUAUCGUACGUUUUGGUACGUUGAUAUGGACGAAGUUUUUGUAUACUGCCCUAGAUAGUAUUAGUUAAUAAGAACUUGUAUAGUAAUGUAAACUACUUUAUUUUUAUUUUAUUGAUCUACGAAAUAUUAAAUACAAAAUAAAUAUCUAAUGCCUAGUAGAAAGGGGUGGAACAAAAUA